AUUGCGGCCUAUCUCGAUACACACGCAACACACACAAACUCACACAUGACACACCUUUAUAUAACUCACAUUACUUUCUUUCAUUUCUUCAUAAACUCUUUCUUUAUUUACACAUACAAACAAGUCUGCUAAAGUUUCAGAGCUCAUCUUAUUGUGUACAAAGCCAGCUUUGUGAUGGGUGAAUUUGCUAGCAUGGAAGAAGAUUGGGGCCUUGAAGCUAUAGUUAGAAGUUUCACUGAUGAUCAUUUGAUGAACAUGUCUUCUUCUUUCGAUGAUUUCCUUUAUGAUUUUCCUCAUUUGUAUGAGGCCACAAGUCAUGAUACCAAUGAAGAUACACUUCUUUCGUUUGAUCAAAUUUACGAGCCCGCGGUUGAGGAAACGGCCUUUUCCUCAGAGGCAUCCUUUCCUAGUUCCUCAAGUUGUUCCUCUAAAGGGAAAGAUUUGGAAGUGGAAUUUGAAGAAACAGAGACAAAGAAGAAUGCCAGAAGUAACGCGGUUAAAUACAAAAAGAAAAAGAAUCAACACAAGAGAGUGGUGCUUCAGCCUGAAGGCCAAGCUGCUGAUUGCUGGGCUUGGCGUAAAUACGGUCAGAAACCUAUCAAGGGUUCACCUUAUCCAAGGAGUUAUUACAAAUGCAGCAGUUCAAAAGGAUGUUUAGCAAGAAAGCAAGUAGAACAAAGCUGCACUGACCCAGGAAUGUUUAUCAUAACAUAUAACUCAGCCGAACACAACCACGCCAAACCAACUCGCAGAAGUUCCCUGGCUGGUACAAACCGCCACAAGUUCACCGCCCUCAAAACUUCUUCCUCUGACCAGGACAGCUCCGUGACACCUCCUAAAGAUACUCCUACUGCCUCUCCAACAACCCCGUUAUGGUCAUCCAAAAUGUUCCAUCAGCAGCCACUGAAGAAUGAGAAAGAUAUUGAUUCCGUGAUUGAUGAAAAAAGCGGUACCAGUGAAUCUAGCAACGAAAAUGAAUACAUUGUCUCUGAUGAUAUAAUGUUGAAUGAUGAUUUUUUUGUAGGAUUAGAGGAUUUAGAUAGGUUGAUUUCAGAAUCAGGUUUCUACAGUUUUCCCUCCCAAACCAAUAGUUAACAUCUGAUCAAGUGAUAAUCAGACUAGAUACAUUUUUUGCGACCCGCUUAAAUUAUUUUUCUUCUUUGCA